AUGGACAACCCGUCCAAUACUGUACCUCACGUUGCACCGGAAAUUAAUCACAAUCAACAACUCAUCACAGAAGCACAAUCGGAACAUCAUUCGACCUCGGUGCCGACACCCUCCGGAAACAACCUUGACACCCUUGCUAUAGGGAAAUUGGUGAUAAAGGAUCAAAGCGAGACCAGAGUCUCGAAGGACCAUGUCAGCACCCGCUUCUUGAUAAUCAGCGACACGCACAGCAGCGAUCGCAUCAACGAAGCAACCCAAGGCCAGUCGGCCGACGUGUUGAUACUCUGCGGCGACAUUACCCGGCAUUCUCUCAUAGAGGAAUACAAGUACGUUGGCCAAGUGCUCUGUGAGGUAGACGCGCCGCUGAAGCUGGUGAUUCCGGGGAACCACGACGGCAGCCUCGACGAGAGCCGGUUCUGGGACGAAGGGGACACAUCUUACAAUAACUGGCCGGUCAGAAAAGGAGUCCAAGAUGUUGAUCAACUCACCGAGUUGUUUGGGAAUCGCGGGGAUGCAAGGAAGGCCCUCGAGAGAUACGGCUUUGAAGUCCUCAACGAGGGGCAUCAUACCUUCAGUUUGAGAAGUGGGGCUGAGCUAAAGGUGUACGCAAGCCCAUACACACCCAGUCGUGGAAAAGGCGAGAAGGGAAAGCGCGGUAGCCCGUACCGCGCUUUCCAGUACGGGCAAGAAAACGGGCAUGAGUUCCUCAUCGACGAGGACGUCGAUCUAGUUAUUACUCAUGGGCCACCGUUGGGCAUCUCGGACCCGGGACCGGAGCGUUUUCGAGGCUGUGAGCUUCUCUUCAACGCGGUUGCGAGAGCCCGACCUCGCCUUCAUUGUUUUGGUCACAACCACGGAGGGUGGGGAGCGACGUGGGUUGAAUGGAGCCUCAAAAGUGAGGAGGACGAAUGCAUUCUUCAAGGAGACAAUGGGAGUGCUAGUAAGCAGCCGAACGACGCGACCCAGGACACCAGGCUCUCGGCGAUAACCAACAGAAAGGAGCUGAUGUCGGUGAAAAACAUCGCCACAGGGACCCAACAAAAGCAGGAAAACCAAGCUCUUUCAAUGACACAAGACCUUGUAGAAACGCGCUGUGUCCCCACGAGCCAUUGCGCUGGUGAUGAGAACUUCGUGCAGAAAGGAAAGCAGACACUUUUUGUCAACGCGGCCUGGGCCAUCUCAGUGAAGUGCUUGACCAAAAAGGAUGGCGGUAAAUUCCCUUGGAUUCAAUGGCCCUGGCUGGUGGAUAUCGAGCUUCUCAAGAAGGAUGGUCAUGAUAUGCGUUGGGCCAUAUCGAGCAACACACCUGAAUCUCAAAUUGACGACUGUGGCAAUAUCAACUCAGGGAUAGAGGACCUGAGUAUUUCAACAAUUGGAUCUCGAAACAACGCCGAAGAAGUUGAAGAACCAAAACCUGGAUCUCCCCAGGAAGGUGUCGGCCGACCACAAAAGAUGGGGGAAUUUAACUCAAUCCACCAUUUCCGUGGAAAGGAAAGCCCCACGUCGUUCAUGAAAUCGCCAGCCUCAAGACAAGACGGAGGACAACAUCAUGUCGAAGAGACACAACACUUUGCCAAGCCUGAGUCAGGUAUAGGUGUGUUGAACAGGCAAGCAGAGGUUGGGAGUGAAAACAGCACCUUUGUCUCGCUAGAACAAAUGUCGUCCACCCAUACAGGGGUUGACUCUGGCUCGAUCACGAAAGUUGCCAGCGAGAUUCCGAGAGACUCGCAACAAAGGCUGGGUGGCACGAAAGGUAGCAAAGGUGGCUACAAUAGAGGCAGCUAUCAAUUCGAUGGGGUUGAACGAGGCGAUAUGGACGUCUGGCGGCCGGGGAACCGACGGCCUCGAAGCGAGGAAUGA